UUGGUUUUCGCAUAGCCACAAUGAUUGUUUUGGUCGUGCAUCCGGUGUCCAGAAGUUCGUUAUAUUUAUAAGCCUUUUUGCUCACGUAAUUACAGUGGCAGUUUCUGCUGAACUGCUCAACACUGAGUGGACCUAUUAACGCAUGCGUUUGUGUUCGAUGCAAGCGACGCCCGUCUCACAUCAUCAUCAGCUAGAAGCAGUCGUAUGGGAGGGCAAAGUGGGUUUCAUAUCGGUGGCUAGCUUAAGUCACGCUCGAGAGAUCGCAACUGCGACUCAACGACGGGUUCAUCCUCUGAUGAGGUCCUUGCUUGUAUGCUCGAAUCGAGACCGCGAAUCAAAGGGUCCUUUACUGCUGUUGCUUCUCUACUCAGAUUGGGCAGAAUCGUAUUUGUUGGUAAAUCUGCGAUGGUACUAUCGCGUCACAUUCGGUUUGCUGACAGCACUCCAUCCAUUACUACCCCUGAGCAAAUCUAAAGGAACGAAAGAACCGGACCUGCUGAUUUUGCUUAACGCGACUGGCUCGAUCUACAAGCUAGAUGGCUGCACGUCUUACAUCUGGAGGAUCAGGAUCAGGCAAAACUACAGUACAAGGAAGGCGACCGGCACGGGGAGGCGGGAGGUUAUUCCAGGUAGCUUCGGACAGUUUGCUACAGAGACUCAUUCAGAUUAA